AUGGCUGAAAACAUCUUGAUCGACGGAAAGCCGCUUCAUCUGCUUCGGGUGGUCGAUCUGCGCGAGGAGCUGAAGAAGCGGAACAUCAAAACGACCGGCACCAAAUUGCAGCUUCAGGAAUCGCUCAUUAAGGCGGUUACACACGAACAAGAAUUAGCUAAAGGUAUUGUCGAUAACUGUUCCGGUGAAUUUUCUUCAUGUGAACUGAUGACAUCGCUUGUUUACUUUGUAGGAAGUGCUGCGGUCUCUGAGGCUCCUGAGGUUACAUCAGUUCCUGAAAAUGUUGUUGACAAAGAGCCUGCAUCGAAUGCGGAUAACAACAAUUCAGGCGGCUCGACUGACGAUAAUAAUUCAGCGGAAAACUCUGAUUCCGAAUCAAAGGUCGCGUCAAUAUCGAUUAAUGAGCAAAAUGAAACAAUCAAGCUUACUAUUCGCAGUAGUCCCAAAAAGGGCGAACAAUCACAACCGGCUUUAGAGGCAAAUGACUCUGAAACAGACGAAAGUGAAUCGGCUGACUCACGUGAUCAUUCGCCAGUAAACAAAUCCAACUUAGAAUCGAGCCCUGAUGUGGUCGACGAAGCCGGAGAUCAGGCAAACUCAAUUGAAAAAUCAUCAUCUGUGAAUGAGAGCCACAAUAAGCAUAUAAAUGAAAACCACGCCGUUGAUCCUCAAGAUAACUCUCAUAGUGACACUCUUGCGGCUGAUCAGAUGAAUGAGAACAACGUUUCAGUUGAUCAAUCACAAAAUCAAUCAACUACUACUAGUAUUGUGGACAAGUCGAAAGGUAGCAAACCGUCUAUUCGUGGGCGAUUAUUGUCGCACUCAAAGUCGAUCAACGAGGAAGAUUCGUCAAAGCCGGUGCAAAAGAAACGUCGUUGGGGAAGCUCUCAUGUUUCAGGAGAAUCAACAACAAUUGCCAAGAAGGGUAUUUCGAGCGAUGAGCUGAAGCAGCUCAUCAGCGAAUCAGUUACAGAAAAUGAAACCUCAGCUGCCAAGGUGAGUAAAGUUGCAGCUGUUACUGAAGAGGAUUCUGUAACUGUUCCAGUUGAUUCGACAAAUGACUUGACUAACAACAACAAUAACAACGAAAAAACAGAGCCGAAAGAAGUGGAAGUUAAGAAAGUGGAUGUUGCUAACACUGAAAAGACUAACAGUUCAGAAUCUGAUGCCAACAGAGCGCCUCCUUCUCCUAAAGGCGAGAAAUCUGAUGAAAUGAAUGCUGAACGAACUGUCGCUUCUUCUAAGAAUCCUGAGUCUACGGUUUUGUUCAUCAGUGGUCUGGUUAGACCGUACACUUUGCCUCAACUUAAAAAGCUACUUUGUCUCAAUGGCCUUAUUAAUGAGGAGAAGUUUUGGAUUGACAAAAUCAAAUCCAAGUGCUACGCUGUGUACUCGACCGUUGAAGAGGCUGUUAAAACACGCGAGGCCCUCCACGGUUUAAAGUGGCCGCAGUCUAGCCCAAAGGACUUGUGUGUCGAAUUUGCUACUCUCGAAGAUAUUGAUCGUUGUCUUAAUCCGGAGAACUACGAGAAUCUUCCUCCGCCCCGUAAAUCUUCGCCACCAGCUGCUAAACAGGCGAAACAGUCGGAUGCAAAUGACAAACCAAAAAGGGGCACUGCCAUUGAAAUCAGCAAAGGAAAAUAUGACAUUAUUCAGAACGAGCCUAUUCAUGACGGCAAAGAUGGAACGGGCAAAAAUUCGGCAAAAGACGACGCCUCUUCUCGUAAUGUCCGCGAAUGGGAUCGUAAAAAGGUCACUCUUACUGAGCGCAAAGAGAACAAUGAUGAGCAAGAAAGUCGCAAGCGUUCUCGGCCUUCAACUGAGAACGACCAGGAUGCUCCAGCUGAUAAAAGGGAACGGAUUCGUUCAAGGACUCCGGAAAAGAAAAAGAGCGAGCCAGCACGAGACGCCAAAAAGAGUGAAUCUCCGGCCAAAAUGUUGGAGGACUUGUUUCGCAAGACUAAAGCGAUGCCGUACAUUUACUGGUUGCCUCUUUCCUAUGAGCAAGCAGCUGACAAGGCAAAGAAGCGAGAGCUUCUCGAGAAGGAGCGGCUUGAGCGUGUUGCUCGUCGAGAUGCAGACAGCAAACGUGAAACGACCAACUUCCCACCGCCGCCACCUCCGCCAGCUAAUCGCUCUGUGCCAGUCAAUGCGGACAUUGUAAGUGUCACAAGUCUUUGUACGAACCAUUGA